AUGAUAGCUCUCUACCCUUCUAACUCCUCUCCUCUCCUCUCCUCCAUGAUCAUUGAGCGCCCUCCGGGAUUCCGACGCAUAGGAACCCGUCGCAUGGGCCCGAAACCCCGCGAAAUCACCGGGAUGGCGUGCAGCGCAUGUUACUACCUGGUCAUCAGCUCCACACACCUGAGUAAUGGACACUUUCGGCGCGUCAAGGGUGUCUUCAGAGGACCGCUGUGUCCAACCGCAACCAGUGAUUCACCGGAGCGUGCAGAGAGAGCUUUGGGCUGCUCAGUGGAGGAUCUGAAGGCUCUUUUCUACUGUGAGCUGUGUGACAAGCAGUACCUCAGACACCAGGAGUUUGACAACCACAUCAACUCCUACGACCAUGCACACAAGCAGAGGCUGAAGGAACUCAAGCACAGGGAGUUUGCGCGCAAUGUGGCCUCAAAAUCAUGGAAGGACCAGCGCAAACAGGACAAGGCUAUCAGACGGCUGCACCAGCUAGCACAGCUGCAACAGGAAACUCAGCGAGUCCCAGGGAGGUCUUAUGGUCUUAGAAGUGCAGUCCAGGUUGUGAGCCAGCAGCUACAUAGAGACAUGGACCAAAGGGACCACAGCCCUGAGGACAAAUCUGAACCCUUCAACCACAGCCUGAGGCCCUCGGCUACACAACCCAAGAAAACUCCUUUACUUCACCAGCCAGAAGAUCCUUGCAAAUCCUAUCCGCAAAUACCGCUGGCCACUCUUACAGAUUCCCCACUAACCACACAUCCAGCAUCCAAUACAGACCCUCCUGCAGUGAACCCCGAUUUUCGCCAUGGCUUGUAUUCCCAGCUGCCACUCCCUGGGCAGGGGAGAAUAGGAGGCAGGCUAGGGGUGUCUUUCUGCUUCUCACGGAGGGGGCCCAGGCUGGAGCCUUCCGCCUCUGUCUUCUCCGACCAAGAGGAAGAGGAGAGAGAGAAGAGGGAACAAAUGAAAGAAAGAAUAAAGGGAAUAAUGGAAGAUAUAGACAGGGAAAUUGGGGCAGCAGAGGAGAGGAAACAUGGUGAGGGUGCAGAGCCGAAGUCCAGCUCUGACAGUAUUGGACUGAGCGACAUGCUGACAAUCCCCAGAGAGGCUGUGAGAGAAGAGGAGGAAAUUGAAAAAAGACACACAAUGAAAGAACACUCUCCCAUUUCCACCGCAGUACCUGAUAAUCAGAGCCAUGAUAUACCAUUUUUGGUAUCACAAACCCAGGUGAAAAUGAGGGGCCCACCACUGGCAGGGGCACACAUAGACUCCAAACAUAUAGAUAGUGAGACAGAGAGAAAGCAAGAAACAGAGCAAGGGAACAAGGACACUCCGUAUGUGUGUGUGGUCGGGAAAGAUGGCUCUACUUGUCUGAGAUGGCCCCUCAGAUUGCUUAAGUUCACCAAGUCUCAACCAUACAUCUCUUACAGCUGCAGCCCGCUCUGUUCAAAUACCCAACAAUCAGAACAACGCACAGAGGAUCAGCAGGAGUCACAACGAAAUCCAUUAUGCACUCUCUCAGAUGAAUCAAAUUCAUGUGCGCCAGCUAUUCUUACACCAGACUCUAACUCCUGUCUACAAAGACAGACAAGACAUGAGCUGAGAGUACACAGACAGAAAAACGCUGAGGAGAAUGUCAUGGCAGAGCCAUAUGUCGAUGUGGAGAGAGAAGCACACCUGUUAAUAAAGAACAAAAACAUUUCAGCACCAGAAAGAGGGCAAGGCAUGGAAAGUAUGGAGAAUUGUGUAAGGGCACUCUCCCAUCCAUUUGACCCUGCUCAUAGUGACAGUUCUGACACAAACUCCCAGAAUCCUCUAGGAGGCAGAUUAGGGGGUACAAGAAGGAUCAGGGAGAGAGCCAUCACAGCCCUGAGCUGUAAAUUAGAGUCUGUCACCCAGCCUGGCACACAGAGGAUAUGCAUCAGCCCAUCCAGGUGUGAGUGUGGGAGUGAGACAAUGUGUGAGUGUGCCAGUGCUCUGCAGCCGUACGUGGGUGUCUCAGAAGUGUCACGCAAAGAGAGGAUAGCCGGCACAAAGAAACGCAAGCUGGGAAAGAGGAAGAGGGGCCAGAAGGAAAAAGCUUCAAACAGGCGGCAAUCAGCAAGGUGCAAAGUGAGGAGUGUUGUCUCUACAGUCUCCACUGGCAGAGAUAGAAGAGGAGAAGCUGGAGGGAGCUGGGGGAAGAAAAGGAGGCAAAGGGAGACUGGAGAGAUGAAGAGGAGGAGGAGGGGGGUGCAGAGAGCAGGGAGCAGCUGUCUCCUGGGGAGAUGUGAGGCUGAGCCAGUAUCUGUCUCUGUCAGGAAGAGGAGGCCUCACAGGAGCCACAGCUCUGAAUCCCAGUCACAGCCAGACAGAGAGCAGGCAGAACACUGCAGUGCCUACUCCCAGCUCACCAGACACACAGCAGACAGAGACACAGAAGGGGAGGGAAAGCGAGACAGAGGUGCGGUGACUUUUCCCUGGCGGUCUCACUUCUCCAUACAUUCCUUCUCACCAGGAUGUAACUCAAAGCUGUUUUGGGAAAGGGGUCACCAUAGCAACCCCAGGAGUUUCAUUGACUGCAGUUACCCUGACAACAGCUGUGGUAGCAGCCCAGCGAGAAAGAGAAAACUCCUCCACAGGGACAGGAAAUUCAUUCAUAAUAGGGAGAGGAAUAUGGCAGGGCGCACAGGUUGCAGGGACAGAGGCCUGAUUUCAGAUACAGAAAAGUGGGAGUGGAUGAGAGGGAGCUGUCCUGGAGCUAGUGAGGAGGCCAGGCCAAGGGCUGAAUUGAGAUCAAGAAACAGAGCAGUAGAGUGGGAUCGAAUGAGUAGGUUCAGCCCCAGUCCUAGCAGCAGGGGGAGGAGGAGCAGAAAUGUAAGCACAGAAGACAUAGACUGGGACAGGUGCAGUAUGGACAGGUGGACAUGGGGCAGCAGUGACAACUGGGAAGACAGGGGGACACACAGGUCUAGGUCAGGCUCUAGGACAGGGGCAGACAGCAGAGACAGCCCGGACCGGAGGUGUGCAGGCACCAUACACUCAAGCUCUAGACACUUAUCUAGUCCUGAGUGGUGGACAAGCAGGCAGAUCUACAGCAGAUGUCACAGUCCGCGCUCCUGCAGCCCCUGCAGCCCCUGCAGCAGUACCAGCAUGUCCGAGCUGAGCUGGGAGUGGAGCAGGAGCAGCACCUGCUCAGGAAUCACAGUGGAUGAUGGGUUGACAGUUAGUUCCUGCAGGAUGUCUUCAGGAGGUCCGGGACUCUCAACUGAGGCCCCUCAGGACGCAAAGAAGCAGAGCAGCACCACAUCCACUUCAUCUGUCUUCACUUCCAGCUCCUUUGGUCACUCCUCGCCCCACAGAUCCUCAUUUGUUCCCACAGUCCCAGAUCUCAACACACCCUAUGGUGACAGCAGUCCUUCACAGCUUAAGGACCCUAAUUCACAGCCUGACCUCAGCCAUGGUCCUUCUGCCCCUAUCACCACAUGCAGCUCAGGCACAUCCCCCCCAAGACAAUCCCCCAGUAAUUCUGUGCCACAGAAACCAGCCAGGACGUUGCUUCUCCCUCUUAUAGGGAAACUACCUGCAAUCCAGAGAAAGGCUAAGAGGAAAAAGGGGCUGCUGGAGAAAAGUCCAGAGAAGGAGGAAGAGGAAGAGGGGGAGGCAAGGGGUAGUACAGUUGAUAUCAGAGCAGCCAUCAACAGUCAAAAAUGUCCUCUGGAUAUUGUUGAGUCAAACCCCAGCAGCAUGCCAAAUCUCUGCCUGUCAAAGAUUAGGACUGAUGACAAACAGACAGGUGGAGAGACAGCUCAGCCAAUCAGCUUUACUGCAGAGGAGAUGGACAAAUAUCGCCUCCUGCAAGAGCAGGCACGAGAGCACAUGCAGAAAGUCCUGGAACAGACGCAAGAGAGAGCAGAUAUACACAUAGAGACAAACUACACACACACCGCACAUAUAGAGAACUGUGGGACUUCAGAAGAGCAAUACACACCUGCAACCUUGCACAACCCUCCACAGCCUCAAACGCAAUCACUUCACAGAGACACAAUGCAAACACAAGCACAGCACAGCCUUCAAGUUAGUCUCCCACUUUCACACGUGAGCCCACAAGAAAACUAUACUCAUCCUGUAGCUUUGGGGGUCCGCAACCUCCCCCCUCUUCCGCUGUCUCCCCCCCUCUCCAGCAUCCAUCAUAUCAUUUUACAACACUCAGCCCUCUCCAUGCCACCCUCCUCCUCCUCCUCCUCCUCUUCCGCCUCACCUCCCUGUCCUGCCAUCCACCCACACCCAGCUCGGCUCCCUCAUCCACUUCCCCCUCUAAACCCGUCACUACCUCAUCACCUUCACUUCUCUCCCUUCUCCAUCUCUUCCCUGUUUCCCUCCAUCCUGCUGUCCCAUCACCCCAUCCCUCUCCUCCCUCCGUCCCCUACUUUCCAUGCUCCUCUCUCCCCAGUAGCCCUGCAACCUUUGAACCCACAGCCUUUCAUGGACAGAGCAUGGCCAGUGAGGUUUCAACAGAAGGCGUUAUGAUUUUCACAGAGUGGCUGCCAUGUUUAUUAAUCUUCCUUGGCAACACAGACUAGACAGAGAGAGAGCGAAAAAGAAAGAGAGAGGAUUUUUUUUUUUUGGUUUGGACAAAAGCCUGCUUUUUGAAAUGGGAAUGUAUCAGUGCUUUUACAAGCUUCAGCUCCAUCUCUUAUUCACAUAUGCCCUCACACACUCAUACACGUGUGCAUAUGCACUAACAGUCCCACUAUUGACUGUUUUCAAAUGAAAUUUUAUUUCUCCAUUUAGCCUCUGCUGUGUUGCAGUAGACAGUGAGAAAACUGACUUUGAUCCUUUGCUUUUUCCAUCAUUUCCCAUUCAGGCUCAGAAUAAAGAAAAAGACACACCUGCUAUUCAAAGACAAGCAUGGUCUUGUGUCAUCCUCUCUUUUUCCUUUUGAACCACAGGCAGACUAGCUGCCUUUUGAAGUAUCCUUCAUGCCAGGGACAGAGGGGCAAGAGAGAGCGAUAAUACUAUUCCCUUAUCUCCAUUUCAUACAGUUUAUCUGAGUUAAAGUGUGACUUUCAACAAACAUAAAUAACG